AUCCCAGACCCGUGGCCAAUAGAUGAUGCAGAUGACAAAAAUGAAAAGAAAACAUCCUGUAUAUUCCAAAAGGAGGAAAACCUUCUCUCGUGAUACAGGUCUGUGCAGCUAUAAACGAGCAAAGCCAAUCUUGACAAGCAUAGCGAUCUGGACUUCGCCCUAUCGACCCAUUAUUAUUUCCCCCAGGCCCUUGGGAAGAUACCACCAUUUCAGAUCUGAUCUCUCGACUGUCAAACAAUGGCGACUCCAAACAGUACUGCUGUUCCCUUGUAUAAAGUCGUGCUGGUAGGAGACAUAGGAGUAGGAAAAACAUCCGUUUAUACCAGAUACCAAAAGGAUUUCUUCGAUCCGAUCAGAACCCCAACAUUCGGGGUUGAUAAUUUUAUAGAAGAGCUAUACGUGGACGAGAAACGAUGCAGGUUAAACAUUUGGGAUACAGCUGGACUAGAGAGAACUGGUUCCCUUACUUCCCACUACUAUCACUCAGCACAAGCAGUUGCCUUACUUUAUGCAGUAGAUGAAUUAAACUCCUUGAAUAUCAUCUUACACUGGAUUGAAGAUGCUGAACGUUAUGCUCCAUAUGCAGCGAAAUUUCUUGUAGCAAAUAAAAUUGACUUAGAUAAGGAUGACUGGGAGGUGGAAGAAAUGAAGGCACAGCUAUUUAUGGAGAGUAAUAACAUAAUUAUGAAGUACAAUGUUUCAGCAAAAACUGGAGAAGGCAUCAAAGAGAUGUUUGAGGACAUUUCUCGGUAUUUAAUGCAACAGAAAGUAGCACCAACGAUGCCUCAUGGUGACCCAUUUCAUCUCUCUCAUGAAGAUUCAUCACUUGAUUUACGAAAGCAAAAGCAAUUUAGCCUGUGCAGCUGUUAGUAAUAAUAAUAAUAAUAAUUUUAUUCUUAAGUAUAGAGUGUAGUUUCAAAAAAUGUCCAUACUUUUAAGAACUGGCCAAUGCCAUUUGCUUGAGCUAGCACUCAGGAGCGAGUCCAGAGGCAUAUCAAGUGCAGGCAACUGUCCCUCAAAAAGAUUGACUUAGAAAUUAAAAUCUUUCUUUUAUCCUAUUUUAUUGGGCUACCUGGAUUUGGCAAGACUUUUUACACCUUCACCUCUCCAAUUCUGGUACUUUUGUUGUACCACCAAGUGAUUGUUGCAGAAUCCAACCUUCAGGAUUAUCAGCAAUGAAUAUCCUAGCUAAAUCACCUCAAGGAUUCCACCCUCCAAAGUAUGAGCAUUUUCUGGAACUUAAUAAUUUAUAAUUUACUUGGCACUUAAUUUGUUGAUGUUGAUGUAUCGACCAAACUUAGGCUGCGUAGCGGUACAUUUUGGUGGGAUUGGGGCUGGGGAAGAGGGGCCCUUGUCUCCUUCUCCACAGGCCCUGGCCACCUUUCUCCCUCCCCCUUUCCCCUAAUUUGGGCUGCUACUCAGGCUAACCUAAGCAGGAGAUUGAAAUAAAAGAAAAAACCCCAAGACUUAAGGUUAGUUAAGCAUUUAGUAGCAAGCACUGCAGGGCAGGGGGGGAGGGGCUAGGUGCUUUGGUCUCCACAAUUUUUGCUUAUUUUUAAUAGUUUUUUCAGGUCAAUUUUUAGUCAUAUGCAUACUGUAUCACACUUUUGAUUUCCUAUUUUAAGACCAGAUGGGUGCCAUUUUCUAGGUUAUUAUUGUUUUCUUUUCCAACAUAGAAAAAAGUAAGAAAGAGGUAAGAAAUCGAAAGAAUUCUGGAUAAAUGUUGACAAUGGGUGAAUGUUUGACUCAAUCUAAAGAGGGGACUAAUGUGUAUGUUAUGGUUUUGGAUGGAAGUGGGGAAUGGGGAAAGAAGUGCGGAAGCUUGAUUUCGGAUCUAGCUUAUCGACAUGAGCAACAGGAAAUAGUUUUGCAUUAUAUAAGAAAUAUAUAAUGCACAAGCAGUACCCUUUUGCUGAUUUAACGCAAGGUUAUUACACUUUUUAUAAAUAUCAUAUUUCAGCAUGUUUAGAGUGCAAUAAUAUACCUGUGAAAUAGUUAGGAUGAAAUAGGAGAUAGUUAGAGCUUAAUUAGACAAGACAUAGGAAUUCAGUCAGGCAUGACAAGGGCACAGGCGUGACAGCUCAAUACGCAAAUGAAAAGAUAUGAAAAUGCGAACAUGUAAAAUUAUACUAAGGAAAAGCAUGUACGAUAAAAUAUU